UCGAUUAAUCGAUAACUAAUUUAUCUUUUAAAUCUAAGUAACACAUAGAAGUAAGAGUCUUUCCCGUGAUAAAAAUCGUCGUUCGUCGCAAUGUAGCUAAACUGAUACAUGAUGGCAGAAGUCUCGCGGUUAUAAAAAUAGUACCUUCAAGGUUUGGGACAUUUUAAGCAAUUCUUCAACGUUGGAUAUUGCUCCGAAUAUGACAAACGGUCUUUUCACCAAUAUAACCUGCAUGGCAAUCGAUCGAGACAAUCAGCUGUUUGUUACUGGGGGCGAAACAGGCAGAUUAGUGCCCACGGGGCCGAUAAAACCCCCGAUAGCCUGACUCGAUUCCCGUUGUCAUGAUUUCACUCUCAAAAACGCAAGAUUAAUAUGUUCAGCAAAGUGUUCAGUUCCUAGUUCACUUUUUCCAGCAACGGCUACAGUGACUUUUGGUUUUUGUGUUCGUUUUUUUGUGUAUACUGGUAAAACCAUUAUGUAGAAUAUCAGAUAUCUGUGUAAUAUCUGUAUUAUACUAAAUGUCUGUAUAAAAUCUGUAGGCUUAUGCGUGUCUGUAUCGCAACACAGAAAGUCUGUAUAAUACAGAUUUGUCUGUAUAUCUGGCAUCUCUGACCCUGAGAGGCAAAGAAUAAUAAAAUUCGUUGGGUUUUGAGUUUGGCAUUUACUCAAUUUACUUUGGUAUUGCGAAUCGAAUCCGAUAUAUCAAGCGGUUUUGAAACGCAAGAAUCUCAACAACAAAAAUUUAAAAAGCUAAUUAAAUCAGUGCUGUGUUUAGGUAGAAUUCAAAUAAAUAGCGUUAUCUGUUGUUUUAAGUAUUUUUAAACAAAACCAUCCGUCUUUCUUCGCCGGAAAUGCCAAGUGAAAUUAUUACUUUACAAUUGGGCCAGUGCGGCAACCAGAUUGGUUUUGAAUUUUGGAAACGGCUUUGCUUGGAGCAUGGAAUUUCACCUUCGGGUGUAUUGCAGGACUUCGCCACAGAUGGCAUCGAUCGGAAGGAUGUGUUCUUCUAUCAAGCUGAUGAUGAUCAUUAUAUUCCAAGAGCGGUACUGUUGGACCUGGAACCUCGCGUCAUCCAUACUAUUAUGACAUCGCCGUACGCGAAGCUUUACAAUCCGGAAAAUGUAUACCUGUCCAAAGACGGCGGAGGCGCUGGAAACAAUUGGGCGUCCGGCUUUAGUCAAGGAGAAAAAUUACACGAGGAGGUUUUCGACAUUAUAGACAGAGAAGCCGAUGGGAGCGAUAGCUUAGAAGGAUUUGUACUAUGUCAUUCCAUAGCUGGGGGAACAGGUUCCGGAAUGGGAUCAUACAUUAUGGAACGAUUAUCGGACCAUUUUCCCAAAAAACUAGUGCAAACUUAUAGUGUUUUCCCAAAUCAAGAUGAAAUUAGUGAUGUUGUAGUACAACCUUACAACAGUCUUUUGACGUUAAAACGAUUAACAAGCUGUGCGGAUUGCGUUGUUGUUUUGGAUAACACAGCGUUGAACCGAAUAGCCGCCGACAGACUGCAUCUUGAGAAUCCCAGUUUCACUCAAAUUAACACUUUAGUUUCGACGAUUAUGUCCGUGAGCACUACUACCCUUCGAUAUCCGUCGUACAUGAAUAACAAUUUAAUCGAGUUAAUCGCCCCACUAAUUCCAACGUCCCAGUUACAUUUUCUAAUGACCGGUUACACUCCUCUUACAACCGACACUGACACAGUCAGUGUACAGAAAACUACCGUUCUCGACGUCAUGCGGCGUCUGCUACAGCCGAAGAAUAUGAUGGUUUCUACUGGUCCUGAUAAAACGAAUCACCAUCGAUACAUUUCAAUACUGAACAUCAUUCAGGGUGAAGUGAAUCCUACUCAGGUUCAUAAAUCCAUUCAGCGAAUUCGGGAAAGGAAGCUCGCGCAAUUUAUCAACUGGGGGCCUGCCAGCAUUCAAGUCGCUCUCUCACGCAGCAGUCCAUAUGUACAAAGUGCGCAUCGUGUUUCCGGCCUCAUGUUAGCCAAUCAUACAAGUAUAUGCUCUCUGUUCGAACGUGCUUUGAAUCAGUACGAUAAACUCUGCAAAAGAGGAGCCUUUCUCGAUCAGUUCAAACGUGAAGACAAAUUCAAAGAUGACUUGAGUGAAUUCGACGAAAGCCGUGAUGUAGUUGAUGCAUUAGUGCAAGAGUACGAAGCUGCUACCCAAUCCAAUUACCUCAAUUGGCAUGCGAAAAAAGCGACAGGAGAGUGAAUUGCUACAUUGUUUGCAUCAGAAAUCUAAGUUACUGGUUCUUCCAACUUGUUCAACUGUUGCCCCCUAGAGCAAUAUCUAGACAUGUUCCAGUUUUCGUUGAUUUAAGCACUGCACAUUUUUAUUACGCCAAAGUAGAUACGUUAGAGCAACUCGGCCCUGAGAAGUUAUUGCCACUUUGUUCAUGCAACAGAGGAACAGGGUUUCGAAUUAUUUCCUCAAAUAAGAUUAUUUCUUUGGUGAGAAAAUGCAAACAAUAAACAUCCGAACUACAUAAAAAUAAUAAAA